AUGAUUAGAUUUUGGAUAUCUGUUAUACCAUUCAUAAUGAUCAUUCGACCUGAAUCCAUUAAAAAAGUACUUAAUAAUUCGGAACAGACGAAGAAACCUUCUGUAUAUUUUUUGUUUCUCAAUUAUCUUGGUAAAGGAUUAUUAACGAGUCAAGGUGAAACUUACAAAUUACAUCAGAAGAUCCUUCAAAAUUUUUUUACAGUUCCAAAAAUGAAAAUGUACAAUAAAACCUUUCUCGAGCACGCCGAAUAUUUGAUAGAAGAAUCUAAAAAAAAAGAUAAGCAACAAAGGAAUGAUAAGAUAUCUUUGAUUGAAUAUUUAAUUGAUGCGAAACAAAACUAUCCGAAUUUCAAUAACAAUGAUAUCUUGGACGAAGUCAGUACGUUCAUGUUAGCUGGUUUGGAAUCCGUCAGCACAGCUACGACAUUGGGCCUAUUUCUAUUAGCAAAUCAUCCCGAAUGGCAAGAAAAUUGCUUCGAAGAAUUAAAGCAAAUUUUCGAAGAUUGUAGUACAUUAACGUCGGUGGAUUCUUUUAAAAAGAUGAAAUAUUUGGAAAUGUGUAUAAAAGAGACACUCAGACUUUAUCCUACAGUUGUGACAAUAUGCAGACGUCUCUGCAAAGAUACAGAAAUUGAUGGUCAAACGUUACCAGUUGGUACUCACGUCUUAAUAUCACCUUAUAUUACUCACCGAAUACCGGAUUAUUAUCCAGAUCCGGAAUCUUUUAAGCCAGAACGUUUUGAUGUAAAUAAUUCGAAAAAAUUAGAUCCGCAUGCUUAUAUUCCUUUCAGUAUCGGUAAUAGGAAAUGCAUCGGAAACAAAUUUACGAUGUUGGAAAUGAAGGCGAUCUUUAGUACAAUUAUUCGAAAUUUUAUAUUGGAACCAGUUGAGAACAAGCACAAAAUUAAUGUCAAAUUUAGAUUGACAUUACGAGCAAAGGGUGGCGUUUGGAUUAAAUUUAGACCACGAGAACCUAUGACGGAUUUUUACACAAAUAUGUAA